AUGUCAUUCAACCCAGAAAAACUUGUUUUGAACCUGAUGAAAACAUCUCUUGAUCAAUAUUGGCAAAAAGGAGAUGUUGGUUUUGAAGCAACUCUCAUGAAGAUCCACAUUCCCCUGUUGAACGAGCUGAUGAAAGUCUUACCGCAUGUUAGAGAUCAUGUGGAAGAAGAUGCAAUGGAGCUAGCAGUUCAGUGGAAAGAAAGACUGAGGGCUGAUUCUGAAAAUUCAUUGGAGAUUUUUUCUUUUCUGCAGUUUAUAGCUACAUGUGGAUUGCUUUCUUUCUUGAAUGGAGAUGAAAUUGUAAAGCUUCUUGGCAUGAUUUCUCAGCAUAAACAGGCCCUAGAAUUAAAUCAAACACUUGGUUUUUCUGAUAAGAUCCCUGAUUUUAUUCAGAAUCUUAUUGAAAGGAAGCAACUGAUUGAGGCUGUUAGAUUUAUUUGCACCUUCGAGGUAGUUGACAAGUUCCCGCCAGUACGACUCCUAAAAGAAUAUGUGGAAGAUGCAAGGAAGUCGUACUGGACAAAAUGGAUGGGAAAAAAUUCACAAAAUGAAAAGGAUAUUGUUGUAAAAGACCAAAUAGCUGAUCUUAGAGCUGUGAUUCAAUGCAUCAAAGAUUACAAUCUUGAGUCUGAAUACCCAUCCAAGGACAUCGAGUCAGAAAUUCUUCAGCUGGGAAAACUAAAGGAGAGUUGGAGACCUUUACAGAUAUCUUUUACCUCCAAGUUGGGACAACGAGAACAUGAAGAAAGGAAGAAGCGUAGUACUAGCACUUCUGCCCCCAAGUUUCAACCACCAGAGAAACGUCAAAAUAUAAGUCAUCCGACACCUCUGGCAGCUAUUCCUAGACCUUAUGCAUUGCUAACUUUCAACAGUGACUCGUCUCAGCUGUAUGAAAACUAUGGACACCCUGGGCAGUUUGGUAUGGAUGCCAAUGACCAUCAAAUUGGUGCUAAUGGUGCCAUGCAGUUAAGUUCGUCAUCUCUGCUGCAUGAAACUGGUGCAGAUAAGUUUGGUAUGGUGGUCAGCAACCAAGAAACUGGUGCUAAUUUUGGUGCAGUGGAGUUAAGUUCGUCAGCUCGGCUGUAUGAAAAUUACAGACACCCUGCACAGUUUCGUAUGGCUGCCGCUGCCAACGAACAUGAGACUGGCGCUAAUUUUGGUGCCAUGGGGUUAAGUUCAUCAUCUCUGCUGUAUGAAACUUAUGGACACCCUGCACAGUUUCGUAUGGCUGCUGCCAACAACGACCAUGAAAUCGGCACUAAUUUUAGUGCCAUGCAGAAUGCUGGGCUACCUCACUCCCAUCACUUGUUGCCCAACACUCAUAGUUAUGACCCUAAUCAAAUAUAG